GGUGCUGCAGCGGCGGCAGCAGCAGCCCUCCCCCUCUGCAGCCUCUCUCCAGCAGAAUGCCCGACAUGCAAACGGAAGCAGGCGCUACCAUUUUGAAAUACAGCACCGCCUAGCGCCAUGGACAAGAGCCAUACAGUGAAGCUCUUUGUGGGCAACCUGGCGUUGGACACCACCCAAGAAGAGCUGUCAGCCAUCUUCGAACCCUACGGCCAGGUGGUCAGCUGCAGUGUGCUGCGACAGUUUGCCUUUGUCCACCUGCAGGGCGAAGGCGCCGCCGAGCGAGCCAUCCGGGAGCUCAAUGGACGAGAGUUUCGUGGAAGGAACUUGGUGGUGGAGGAGUCGAGGGGACGGCCGUUGCACUCCACCAAGGUGUUUGUGGGUAAUCUGAGUGGGAUGUGCACGACAGAGGAUCUACAGCAGCUGUUCCAGACGUUUGGGAAAGUUCUCGAGUGUGAUAAAGUCAAAGCCAGGCAUUCCUCUUCUGCAGGCUAUGCCUUUGUCCACAUGGAAAACAAGGAGGAUGCGCUCCAGGCCAUCGAGGCCCUGCACGGCACCUCGUUUAAGGGCCGCCCGCUGUCUGUAGAGCUGUCCAAGGUCCAGCCCAGCAAGCAGACGCCUACAGGAAAAAUCCCCUGUGUAAACUGUGGGAAGCAGGGCCACUAUGCUGGAGAAUGUCCAGUGGGGAAACCUUCUCUGGAGCAGUACCAGAGUCAGGCGGCGGUCCUGGCUGCUGCUGCUGCUGCAGCCGCCGGCCUGCCACUACAGGUCCAACAAAGCGUGCACAAUUCAGUCUACAACACCUCCACCUUCGAUCCCACAUACGCGGCUCUCACUGGGAUCACCACAGGCACACGCACUGAUGGAAACCCGGUGAAUCCAGCUGUUUAUGGUGCCCUUGCCAGCCAGGUGUACGGUGCCAAUGUCGCCAGUCAGCUUUAUGGAACGAUGGCCAAUCAGGCAGCUCUUACAUCUGGCGCCACCCAAAUGUACAGCUCAAUGACCCCCAACAUCUAUGGCCAGAUGGCUGCAACACCAGCGGCGGCUGCUGCGGCUGCUGCCGCCGCUGCUUACUCAUCUCAAGUUUACACCCCAACAGUGGCCAAUUCCCACGUCUAUCUGACUGCGGCUCAUGGGAUAGAAAUGCCAACAGCAGCGGCUGCAGUCAACCCCGCCUACACUGUAUCUCCAGCAAUUUAUGGUGCUGCCACACCAGCGUACGCUCACAUAAGCGCCAUGGGAGCAGCGGACCCUACUACAGCCAUCUUUGAGGCGGCCAGACAGGCACAUUACUUUGCCCAGGGCCAGCAGGUCGUGGCUGACCAGCAGACAGUGGCUGCCGCGGCAGCAGCGGCUGUGGUGAAGUCCGAGAGGGACCGGAGUCCCCUACGGAGGUCAGUACCUCUGCUGCCAGACCCUGUGAUGAAGCCGUUCAUGUACCAGAGAGCCAAGCCGCGCCGACCCCUGCUCCCUACGCCAGCUGGCCGAGCGGCAGAAGAGGCAGUGGAGGCUGCAGAGGACCCCAUGGCCAGGUACUAUGCGGAGUACUACCAGCAGUUGCAGCAGUACCCCCAGUUCCAGUAUGCUUACCCGCCACCAAGCGCAGUGACUGCCAUCCCUGGCAUGCCGGGAGUGCCAGCUGUGUCAGCGGUCCCCACCGUCUCCGCGAUGUCCGCCCAGUCAGUCGCCGCGCUGGAUGCUCUCAGGCCAGUGGUCCCCACCGCUGCGGCAGUGGCAGCCGCCAUGGCUGCGCCAAGGGUGUAUGAGCCGCCGUUGCCGCCGCCCACGCGCAAGGAGGCCAUCCUCCGCCGCCCCGAACUCUCCCUUCACACGCCUGAGCCCCCCUUCCGAUAGUCGCACACAACUCUCUGCCCCACCCCCCCCUCCCUCUUUGCCCUGAACCCCAUCUCCUCUUCCACCCCAAACUUGACCACCUUACAGCAGCUGUAUGUGUGUGUAUGUGAAUGUGUGUCUGGUGGGUGGGGGUUUAGACUGGGGGUUUAUUAACCUGCUUUACGAGGGACUUGGACAGCGAACCUUGAUCCUGUUUGCACACACGCAGCGCAGCCAUGAAAGGGAGGCUCUCAUCUGUCGCACGGGCAUUCUUUGUGCAGUUUUACUUCUUUUUUAUCGUGCCAGUCUCACACUUGUGCCAGUAUUAGACUGACCCAGUCGGUCGUUUCAUAUGCCUUUAUUUCCGCAACCCAGUUAUGAUUUUCUACGGCCAAACCUUCGAUAAAAGACAUUGGUUUUAUCAGCCAUCCUCCUUAGGCCUAGAUGAUCACUUAGGGCAGCUAAUUUGAAACCUUUUUUGCCUUAUGUUGGAGAGUUUGUAAUGUAACCAGAUGGGGAGGUGAGAUAACACAUAUUGUGUCCAGGCUGCAUUGCAUUGUGUCCAACAGAACCAAGGUUUUUUUUGGGGGAGGGGAGGGGUGUUUGUCUUGAAUGGAUGUAGUAAGUGUGAAGAGAUAUGUGCGGGCUCCUGACCUUGCAGCGCACAAACGCAGCAGCUAAGACUGCGCUUUGCAGAAAACAAAACAAAAAAAACGUAAAGCACACAUAAUACGUACUGUAAUGUAUGUUUGGAUCUCUCCUUGACCCUUUAUCCCCACCUGUAUUCUAACUACAACACUGGAAGACACCGCCUCACCUCUCGUUCUCUCUCUAACUACAGCUGCCUACCUCUGACAGUAAAUUUCAGCGUAGAGUCUAUUCCACUUUUCACCCGGUCAGCAGUUGAGUUCCUGCUCCUCGUACAGGCACAGCAUCAGCAGUUUAGGGAGGGAGGAGCCGGAUUUCGGUGACAAUGACUUUUGUAGAUAUUCUGUAUUAAGUCCUCAUAUGUAUCCAGAGGCCUUUUUUAAAAUAGCGUAUGUGUUUUUGUUUGUUUUAGUGUAUUUACAUGUGAUACAAGUCAGCCUGGGGUGUAAUGAAUGGUUAAUUGAGAAAAAAAGCCCAUGUGUGACUACUGAAUGAGCUGUUUACAAGGGAUCUUUACACUGCGUCCUAUUAGGAAUCAUGAAAUGUGACAAGCUCAAUAAUGUGCCUAUAAGCUUUGAGUGAAGUGCAUUAAGUGGAGGGAUCUCCCGUUUUUAAGUGCUUUUUAAUCAUUUCAAGGAGGGGGUUAACAGGAGCCCUCCAGAGUUUAGUAUCCAGAAGGCUACGAGUGGUGAAGCUUUCUCGUGGACUUGCACUCGUGUUAGAUUUCAUAUCGUAGGGUUUUUAAAAAGCCACAAACUGAGCCUCAUUGGUUCAUAAUUAGCCGCUGGUUUAAAGCAGGAACGACAGUGAUAGCACCAAUGAAGUGAGAGAUGGGGAAGUGUCUUCCAGUUGCCCCGACUGUCCUAAUUUUUUUUCCAAAUACCAGACCUGCUUCAGAUUGUAAUUGCAAAGAAAUGUUACUGUGUGUCUAAAUCUGGUUAUUGGAUGUGGUAGGUGGGGUUUGCUGCAUCGGGAUGGCAAAACUUGUAAGGUAUGGUACCUUUCGACAUUUACAAGCUUGUCCCGAGUGGCAAACUCUGCCCAUUUGGUUCUACAAUCACUUAAAGGUUCUGUAUGUAACUUUCAAAAAAUCCUCAGUGAUACCUCUCUAUUGCCCUUUUUAGAUUGCGCUGUAGGUCAGCCUUGAAGUCUCUUCUUUAUGCCACCUUUGCAUUUUUACACAGAACCAAACAACUGCAACAUCAUGCUGCUCCAGUAUGUGAUAUAAGAUAGCAUGCUGGCAUCGCGGAAUCAAAAGAGGCGUAAAGAGACAACAGUAAGGAGCUCCUGAAUCUCGUUUUCUCAAUUUGCAAACACUUUUGGCUGCUGUUUUUCAUCUUUGAUGUAGCCACUAACUGCUAUCAGGUGCUUUUUUCCCCAUGUUGGGUUGCAUGCAUAACAGGCCAUCAAAACACAGAUCUGUCUCACCAAUAAUCCCACACUGCUGCAGUCCCUUUGACACAGACACUGUUUCAGAGCUGUUACUACCUUGGUUGCUGGCUUAAAACCAAGACAACUCUAUUCCCCCAUUCAACAAUUAACCACUCACACAGAACAGCAAGGCGACAUAAUGGCACAACAGUCUUGCCUUUAUAGGCAGCAUAAAAGGGGCCUCUGAGUCCUCCAUAGCUGCAAGCAAGCACCUGCAUCGGCCACAACAGUGACUAAAGAAACUGACCAUAAUUGACCGGCAUCCUGCCAAUAGAUAACUGAAAAAUAAAUUGAAAUUCUAUUUAGAAUAAAGUUGCUAUCUACUAUAUGUUCUCAUAUUUCAUUUGGACUGUUUGCUCCAUGGUAUUAACAAGGUUCACAAGUUACUUUAUUAGCUGAUGUUGCAUAGCAACCAACAGCAGAUCCAUGGAGUGUAGCUUUACAGCUAGCAUUAGCUUAUGUGACGGUUACCUGGUUAGCUGCCGGGUUAGCCGUUAGCGUUGCCCUGGGAUUUUUUUUUUCCAUUUAUUUUUUUUGCACCGGGGCACUGAAUUUUUGAUAUGGAGGAGUUUAAUGAAUUUACUGUUUUCAGACCACAGAUGGGACAAGGUGGGGGGCCAGUAGUUUGAUGUUAGCAGAUUCCAUUUCUUAGCUAACAUUAGCUCCUGUUGCACAUUGUAGCGCUGUAGGGAAGCUGAAGAGAGAUGCAGCACACUGUUGGGAGUUUGCAUAGACGGUUUUCUACCAGGAAGAGAUUUCUUUGGAUUUUCCCUGAAAAAUUUGUUUGUAGUCCGUUAUGUAGAAAUCAGUUUACAGGCUGUUUUAGGCAACUGAGAACCCAAGAAAAGGUCUCAGUUUUUGAGUUACAAUCUGUUGUAUGCACAUAAAAGUUACAUACAGUACCUUUAAAACAAUCAUUUGGGAGUAUUUUCUUUUUUGCAACUACUAUUUGACAGCGGUCUGAUGCA